AGCUAAACCGCCUCCCUCGUGAUUUAUUAAAUUAUGUAUUUUUAAUACGAUAAUGAUGAUAAUACAAUUCUACAGACAGUGCGUGACUUUAAACGGCGCUCAUUGUGUCGCGUAGCGUCAAGUGUUUUAAAAAAAAUCGAAAUAUAAGCGUUGGUUUCCUUAGGCCCGAACCCGGAAGUAGCGAUGGGCGGAGGAGUGGCUCAGUUAGUUGUCAGCUAGCGGCUAUCGCUCGAAGACGGGACUUUCCUCCGCCGCUUGACUCAUUACAUUUCCCCGCGGUGCAGCUCAGACCAAAAGAACAGGAGUAGCUCUUACUUUUAGUAAUUUUUUACAUUUUCUCACCGCGGGUUUCAUCUCGUGACAUGGAGGGCUAGACCCCGCCAAAGGAGAUGCCUUGAAGGAGGGGGAGAGGUUUGAGAUGUUUGUAGUCUGUAUGUGUGUCUGGGAGUGUUUUGUUAAUGCUAUACAGUGGCGCCUUGACUUGCGAGUUAAAUGUGUUCCGUGACUACGCUUGUUACUCAAAAUGCUGUUAAUCUUUUCCACCAACCCAAAAAAUACUGGUAACAAAUUUUUGAAACCUGUUUUUAUAAGAAAAAAUAGCACUCUACAUUGUUGUAACAGUGGGUAUUGUGCUGCUCAUUCUGGUGUGUGCACCUUGGCCACCAGGGGGGUCAGUAUAAUAUAGACAUACCACAUAGAUUUGGUAAUAAAAGAAGACUGUCGCAACUAAGAUGCAGAUUCUGUAUUAGUCAUUUUUGGCAGAGGAUAAAGAUUAUAUACCUGUGAGUUGUUUAUGCAUGUUUUGCUACCGCUUGUGUUCAAACAUGCACAUGACAAAUGUACAAGAAUUUUACAUUGAUCCGGGCUGAUUUGGCGUUUUUAAUCCCCUUUUAUUUGUUUAUUGUAACCUUUUUUUAAUUUAUUAAUUUUUUAUAAUUUUUUUAAAUUUAUUUUUGAUGGGGAUAGAUGGGUGCUAUAACUUUUUUAUCCCUUCAGUUUCCUUUUUACUGUCUGCUCUCAGUGUGUGUGAGUGACACAUCUCAAACAUCUCCCCCUCAUGAGGGGCAUCUUCUACUCCUCUUCAUCAUCCAAAAACAUGGAGACUCUCGUUCAACUCAAGAACAAUCCAUUUCUCAUGGGUCUGUGUCGCAACGGACCCCCGCCUGACCUUCACUAUGACAACUCCUCAGAGCUGUUCCGCAUCUCCACCUUCGCCCGCUUCCCGCCGUCGCCCGUCACCGAGCGCAGCCUGGCGCGCGCCGGCUGGUUCUACACGGGCGUGGGCGACCGCGUGCAGUGCUUCCGCUGCAAUGUGACGGCCGAGGGUUGGCUGGCGGGUGACUGUCCGGCCGAGAAGCACCGGCAGCUGUCUCCGUCCUGCUCCUUCGUGCAGAGCCUGCCGUCCGCCGCCAACCUGCUCUCCUCCUCGCACUCGGCCUUCUCGCCGCUGCGUGUCGCCCCAGCUGUGCCGCUUCCUGGUCCAGGCCCGGCCGCCCUGAACCCCGCGGGAGGUCCGGGCGAGGAGCCGGCGGGCUACCUGAACACGGGCUUCUCCGGGCCACCGCCACCCUCCAGCCCACUCAGCUCUCGCGGUGUGGAGGACAUGUCGCACCAGCGGCCCACCUGCCACAACCCGGCCAUGCGGCGGGAGCAGGACCGCCUGGACUCAUUCCACGCGUGGUCGCUGUCCAUCAUCACACCCACCGAGCUCGCCAAGGCCGGUUUCUACUUUCUGGGGCUGGGUGACCAUGUUGCCUGCUUCAGCUGCGGCGGGCAGCUGAGCAACUGGGAGCCGGGCGACCGCGCGUCGUCGGAGCACCAGCGCCACUACCCCAACUGCCGCUUGGUGCGGGGCGACCGCACCGACAAUGUGUCGCUGGCAGGCGCGCCUCCCGCCUCCUCGUCCUCGCAGCUCUCGUCCGCUGCCCUCAACAACGUGUCCAACCCGUCCAUGCAGCAGAACGACGAGCGGCUGCUCACCUUCGUCAACUGGCCCACGCGCAUCCCCGUCAGGCCCGAGCAGCUCGCCAAGGCGGGAUUCUACUAUGUCGGUCGCAAUGACGACGUGAAGUGCUUCUGCUGCGAUGGAGGUUUGCGCUGUUGGGAGUCAGGAGAUGAUCCCUGGGUGGAACACGCCAAAUGGUUUCCACGGUGUGAGUAUUUGCUGCAGGAGAAAGGUCAAGAGUUUGUGCACCAGAUUCAGGCGCGCUUCCCCCGACUCUUUGAGCAGCUUCUGACAAAUGGGGACAACAGCUCCAGAGAAUUUGUGGAUCCACCAGUAGUGCACCUUGGACCAGGCGACGAGCGCUGUGAGGACGCGGUGAUGAUGAACACACCGGUCAUCAAGUCGGCCCUGGAGAUGGGCUUUGAGCGCGGCCUGGUUAAGCAGACUGUGCAGAGCAAGAUCCUCAGCAGCGGCGAGAACUACCGCACCGUCCAGGAACUGGUCUCAGACCUGCUUAGCGCCGUGGACCAGAAAAGGGAGGAGGAGCGGGAGAUGAUGGCCGAGGCCAUGGCGUCGGGCGCUGAGGAGUACGGCGGGCUGCAGGCGCAGACGUCCGCACAGCAGCAGACGGCUCGUCUCAUCGAACUGGUCCUCACCAAAGGCAACGCGGCUGCCGAAGUUUUCCGCAACUGGAUCCAAAAGAAUGACGUGCACCUGCUAAGAGAGCUCAUGGCUCAAUCCAACGAAGCAGCAUCCCCCAGCCAGGACCUGUCUGGUCUCCCCAUGGAGGAGCAGCUGAGGCGUCUUCAGGAGGAGCGAACGUGCAAAGUGUGCAUGGACAAGGAGGUCAACAUUGUGUUUAUCCCGUGUGGACAUCUGGUGGUGUGUAAGGAGUGCGCACCGUCCCUGCGCAAGUGUCCCAUCUGUAGAGGCCUAGUCAAAGGCACCGUGCGCACCUUCCUUUCAUAAAAUGUGCCCCACCGCUAUCUUGUUCUAACUUCACUGAAUGUAACUAAUAGCUUUCUACAAGAGCCCCUUUCAUACUUACCGUCAAAUAAAACACUUGACUCGCUACCCACAUGCUUUGUGUUGAAGGCAAUUGUCAUCCCUGCGCACAAACUUAUGUGAAAAGCACAGAUGGAUUCAUUCACCACCUAUUUGCCAAGAGGACAUCUAUUCACCUGUGCCGUACACUUACUCUCGUCCCAUUUCCUGGCGCAGUCAUGAAAGACCUGGCUGAGCCGACAAUUUGCUGCCCGUGUGUAAUUGACAAGUGUCAAGAAUUAGCAUUCGUGCUUAAACAAGAAACAAUGCAUGUCUUGUCCAAUGUUUUUGCAAUGUGCAUAUCAAAUAAAAGAAUGUGACUCGCAAAGGGGAUGGCAGGAACCUGUAACCAGAGGAGAUUUAGCAUUUCCACUUUUGUUGGAAGCUGCUGUCACGCAUCUACUUAUCUCAAUAUGGAAAGGUGCAGCAGCUGAGUGAAAACCCAAGGCAGUCAGAGAUCACUCAGCUUUUUCAGCAUCACACAUUUGGCUAGGAUACAUGCGGUUAUCUGGGACAAAUGUUUUCAACAAAGUGGUGUGGGCAGCGAAAGCACAUUUAACUUUGAUGUGACACCAGCAAGACUGGACAUCUCACAGUAAUGCCUUUCACUAAUGAUUAAUAAAUGAAAGGCUAGUCUAACAAUGAGAACAGUCAGCAUGUCACAACAAUAAUACUCAAAAGAAAAUGUAUGGAUUUCUGAUUUGUAUAAAGGAAAUAAACUUUUUCUGCUAA